UGUGUGUAUGUGUGUGUGCAUGUAACAGUUAAUUUGAGACUCUGUUAUCUUCCAUCCACGGGAAACCUUCUAGAACAUUUCGUAAAUCUAUUGGAAUACACAAGUCAUGACAUGCGGAGGAAAUAAUUUACUUCGAUGCGUAUAGCGCGAGAAAAAUAUUAUUCGUAUGAUUUUUCUAUUGUUGCUAUCACGUUGUCGCAAUGAGGAGUCAGAGAGGAACUUCGAGCCAAUCGGGGAUCGGGAAUCGGACGAACGUAGUGGGGACCACUGGAAGAAAUGUGUGUGAAAUCAGGCCGAUUAGGCGGCAUACGCGUAUUCCAGCAGUAGACGUUAGAGCGGCAAGAUGGCUGAUUAUAAACUUGGAAAACUUCUCAACGAGGGAAAGACGAAGAAGGUUUACGAACUCCUGAACGACUCUACGUUAUGUUUACUGGAAAGCAAGGACCGUAUUACCGCCGGCGACGGAGUAAAAUCUCACGCCUUGGAGGGUAAAGCGGAGAUUAGCACGUCCACCACUGUAAAGGUCUUCGGAUUGCUCAGUCGAGCUGGUAUCAGGACAGCUUACGUUAAGCAUGCCGGUCCAAAGUCCUUCAUAGCAAAGAAAUGUGACAUGAUACCAAUUGAGUGGGUUACUAGAAGGCAGGCAACUGGUAGCUUCCUAAAAAGACAUCCUGGUGUACCUGAGGGUUACAGAUUUAAUCCGCCUCUGCAGGAAACGUUUUUCAAAGAUGACGCUAAUCACGAUCCACAGUGGUCCGACGAGCAAAUUAUUUCUGCGGGUUUCCAAAUGGGCGGUAGAAAGAUAACGAAGGACGAAGUAGAUAUUAUGAAACGCACCACAGUUGUCGUUUUCGAGAUUCUUGAGAGAGCUUGGAUGGUGGGUAACAGCUCGUUGAUAGAUAUGAAGAUAGAAUUCGGCGUAGACUCGAAAGGAGAAAUUUUACUGGCUGAUAUCAUCGAUAGUGAUUCUUGGAGACUCUGGCCUGCUGGAGAUAAGAAACAGAUGAAAGAUAAGCAGGUAUACAGAAAUCUAACUACCGUAACGCAAGAAAAUUUGGAGACUGUAAAGCGUAACUUUAAAUGGGUAGACGAGCAAUUGGAUCAUAUCAUUGACGCACCUACUCCAUUGGUUGUCAUACUCAUGGGCUCCCCGUCCGAUCAGGAUUAUUGCUAUAAAAUUCAAGAACGUGCUAUCGCAUUAGGUCUGAAAGCUCAGCUUCGAGUUUGCAGUGCUCAUAAGGCAACUGAGAAAACACUGAAUAUUCUUGCCGAAUAUGAAGGCAGCGGAGAAAACGUAGUACUGAUAGCGGUAGCUGGCCGCAGCAAUGGUUUGGGUCCAGUACUCUCCGGCAAUACAGUCUUGCCUGUCAUAAACGCCCCACCUUUGAGAUCGGACAAUAUUGAACGAAGCGUGUGGUCCUCGCUUGAUGUCCCUUCAGGCCUUGGUUGCAUGACGGUCGUGCAUCCAGAAGCAGCUGCACUCGCGGCGGCGCAAAUCCAUGCGAUGCACAACCAUCUGGUUUGGGCUCGUUUGCGAGCGGAGCAACUCUCCAACUUCAUAAGUUUAAAAAAAGCCGACGUUGAAAUCCGUUCACUCCGUUUUUUGAAUGAUUAAAGCGAAUCGAUUAACAAAGUUUCGGCUAACAAAACAAUAAAUUGCAAUUAAAUUCAUUGUUAAAACAAAACGUUAUUAAUAUCGACUGCGUUUCGAAAUUCACUGCUAGUACUGAAAAGCUAUGGUAUACAUAACAUAAAUAGAACACAAUACAGUCGUGAAAAGAACUCGACAUUUUUAAUACAUAUUUUAGUGUAUUAAUCCGUUUCGAAUGUUAUUUUUGAAAAAUUUUGUAAAGAGCGUGGUUUUAAUUUUUUCUUCAUAAUAUUUUUUGUUAUGUAUCCAUGUAAAUCAAGAUACAGUUAUUAAAAACAGUAUAAUUGUGCCAUAGAUUUACGAAUUUUACAGUAUCAAUGAUUACGUUAGCUCUUUUCAUAUAUACUUUACUGUUAUUGAUUCUGGUAAUACUUUACUGGUUUCAAGUAUGCAAUAUUCGUAUAUUUCCAUUUAAACCAAUUUUCGAAUAGUAUAAAAUUUGUCUUUAUAUGUAUCUAUAAGAAAAUGUGUUUGUUACACCUAAAAUAAAAGAAGUGCAAAAUA